AUGGACACCGUUACUUACAUUGUGUUUAUAAAAAGAGUAUUUAAGCAACUGAAUAGAGAACUAGAUCAAAAACUUCUUGAAACAGUGCCACAAACCAGAAAUAUAUUUUCCACCUCAUUAUGCACAUCAUCGUUGGUAAAUAAACUAAAAUCUCUUAGAAGGCUAUAUAUGGCUAUUUUCGACAGCUUUCAAAGGACGAAAAGUUUUACCAGCAGCGCUGUCGGAACUACUGUCAUGGGCAACUUUUUGAUAGCCAUUUGGAUUUUGGGAAUAACAUGUUUAGCGAUUAUAGGAAGUCGGACUAUUGAUGUCAUGGAUUACGUAAUUUUUUUUAGAUUGUUUUUGAGAGUUGCAUUUAUUUGUGUUUACGCUCUCGUUUGCGACCGCAUUCAAAAAUUAAUUCAAAAACAGCAGACAGUGAUUUUUAAAUUUCCCUCAAAAAAGUUAACCUUUGAUGAAAAGAUAGAGUUGGAAAGUUUUAUGAAGAUUUUAGGAUGGAAAGAACCAAUGAAAACUGUUAAUGAUUCUUAUAAGUUAGGAAUAUCGUCAAUGGCUGGACUUGGUCUGGAUAUUCUUGUCAACUCCAUGGUAGUAACUCAACUCUACAUAUUUUUAGAUCUUCAAUUAAAAACCACUUAA